GCUUUUCCUACGUUACUUCAAUUUUGGAAUGCCCACUAUAUAAUCAGAUUUUAAUUCGGGACGGUACGAAACGAGGAUGUAACAAUCCCCGCUGCAGCUUUUCUACAUAGGCAAAUAUAGAGUGCUGACGUUCCCGCGGCUAUUCCACGUGGUUUACGGCGAUACCGUCCUAUACCCGAGCUCGGUAGUUUGAAAUCACGUUCCAACUAUACUUCACACACCACUCUUUGUAGCGAGAGUAUACAGGGCCAAUACUUGACAUCCAACAUCUCAGAAAUGGCUACUGAUAACUCACAAUCGAAACUAUUCCAGCCUUUAGCCAUAGCUAAUGGCAAUAUCACUCUAAAGCAUCGUGUUAUACUUGCUCCAUUGACGCGAAAUCGCGGGACACCAAAUUCCCAUUCUACCCCGGAGAACCCGAAUCGAAUAUGGGUACCUAACGAUCUCUUGGUUGAGCAUUAUUCCCAAAGGGCUACAGAUGGCGGUCUCUUGAUAACAGAAGCUAUCCCCCCUUCUCUUGAGGGAAAUGGUAUGCCUGGUGUACCAGGUCUUUUCAUACCGGAACAAGCAGAAGGGUGGAAAAGAGUAGUUGACGCUGUUCACGCUAAAGGGGCAUAUAUCUAUGCGCAAUUAUGGCAUUCUGGCAGAUCAAAUAUUCCUCAUAUGACAGGUACUCCAAUUCUCGCUCCAUCUAGUGUACCAUGGGAAGAUCCGAAUGAAUAUUUUAAACAUCCCCCACACCAUACAACAACACGGGUCAAAUUCGCAGAUUACCCACCCUCAGAGAUGACCAUCGCCCAAAUAAAAAGCACAAUCCAAGACUACUGCAAGGCCGCCAAACUAGCCAUAGACACCGGCUUCGACGGCGUCGAAAUCCACGGCGCGAACGGGUACCUCCCGGAACAAUUCCUGAGUUCUAACGUCAACCGCCGGACAGACGAGUACGGGGGUACUCCCGAGAAACGUUGCAAAUUCAUGCUAGAACUAAUGUACGAGCUCUCUAAAACCAUCGGUGAAGAGAAUCUCGCGAUCCGCUUGUCGCCAUUUGGGUUAUUCAACCAGAUCCGCAGUAUCCAGCGUCUGGAAACAUGGAGUCAUCUCUGCCGCGAGUUAAAAGCAAACCAUCCCAAGUUAUCCUACGUCAGUUUCAUCGAGCCGCGGUACGAGCAAUUAUUCUCCGAAACCGAGAAACAAAGCUUUCUCGAUUCAUGGGGACUCCCCGACGUCGACCUCUCCCUCUUCCGCAAGAUUUUCGGCGACACGCCGUUCUUUUCCGCCGGAGGGUUUAAUGAUACAAACUCAUGGGGAGUGCUGGAAAGAGGCGAUUAUGAUGCUUUGGUGUACGGUCGCUAUUUCAUUAGCAACCCGGAUCUAGUUGAGAAGCUCCGGAAUGGGUGGCCGCUUACGCAUUAUAAGCGCGCGCUUUUCUAUGGGCCGCUUGAGGAUAAUAGUGUUGGAUAUGUUGAUUAUCCUUUUUAUGAGGGGGAUGUGAAGGCUGAAUUGUAGAUAAUUUCUACGAGCUGGUUCUUUGUGGCAUAUAUUGCAUCAAAAGUGUCGUCACGCGCUUUCGACGAUGGAAUUGAGUCAUUUUAGAGUAGCUUUUCGUGCAAUGAACCAAGCAUAAAAUUUGAUCGUUACGGCUAUAAUUGCCAUGAAGAUCACGAUAGAACCCCAUAAGUUAUUUUCGGAGAGCCAAUGAAGGGCAAUAGGCUAGAUACAUCGAGGGGACACUGAUCAAACAACAAUUCCGAGAAGAUAUCAUCAUUCUCGCCUUUCCAUAUACAUCGUCUGACCACCAGAGCACGAUAUCAAAGAAGGAUUUAUAAGCAACGUAGUCAUGAAGUUGAAUUGAAGUUGAUAUAGACGGAGUCUAGAAGCCCCGCAUC